AUGGAUACCGACAAAGCAGCGAGAAAGGAGGGUGCUGCCCCGGCACCCUCAUCUGCUCGACAAGCAAAUGAAAAUGACAGCGGGGGGGUUCUCAGAGACCUUAUCGAUAAGAAAAGGAAAUCCGAUGCACUUUCAUCACCGGCGGCCCAGGCACAACGUCCGGCAACUCCGCCAUUAACCCUUGGGCAACAGAGGACGGUCGAGAAGGCAAGGCAGGACAAAUAUUCCCCUCCCAAAAAAAGCAAUCAUGAAGGCAAGCUGAUUAUUGCGGAUGACGGUGACAUCAUUGCUAAGAUGGAAGCAGAUGGCUUCGGUGAGCACGUGGGCUCUCGAUCUCAAGCGGAAGUGAUCCUGAGACAAAUGUACGGUCGUGGAUUCUUGGAGGGUGAUGACAAUCGUGAUCGCCGCGUGGAAGAGUUGAAGAAGAUGGUGAAUCCAUCCGAAACCUGUAUUCACGAGAGGGCGAUUCGGUUCGUCCGUUUGGAAGGAGACAUCCUCAAAGGGGACCGAGACGCUACAUCUUCGGAUGUUCCCCGCCAGCCUUGGUGUUCGAUUGCAAUGGCUUACGGACAUGAGGAAGGAGACUACAAGACUGAUGAAGGAUGUGAGGGAUGGAAUGCCUUCAAGGAUUAUGGUUCCAAGUUCAUUCAAAGAGUGCAGCGUGCCGGAAGCUGCUUUUUGCAUGCACCGGCUGUUCUACAGUCCUAUUGCUUGAAGGGAAAUGCAGGACUCCAAGUAGUGGACAUUUCCAAGUAUGCUCGCCAUUCAUUCAGUGGCGAGAAGGUUUCAAAGUACAUCAUUGAAGACAAGGGUGGUAAUGCAGAGCAAGAGCUACGGACAAUGAUAGACGGAGAGAGGACGUCUUCCGUGAAGUUUAAGAUGGGUUUGAUGGAUCAAACCAAGAACGAGUAUCCCAAUGAGCUUUUUGAACAACUCAAGUUGUAUGGACCCGGCCUGAUUCACUACUUUGCCAUUGAGGAAAACUUCAAAACUGCUAGUGGGUUUGGUAGUGGCGGCGAUGUUCAUCUUGAAUGCUUUGAGGGAACCUUUGCUACGACCAAGGAAAUGCAGAGGCACGCCAUGGUACUUGUUGGAAUGCGCAAAGUGAACGGGGAAUGGAGAUUGUUGCUCCAAAACUGGUGGCCUAACUUGCAGCUCGUUGAAGUGACACCGGAAUACAUGGCCAGCAGCGGGUGCUUUUUGGUGUUCGUAACGAAGGAGCUGUGGGAAAUUCCAUGUAUGUUUGACCGCUGCGACCAUGAGUACGCAGAAGCAUACAUCCCGGGAACAGACUCGACAGCAACCUAUAUCUACGAGCGUGAUUAA